GCCACCGAGUCGGGCGGCACCGGACGGAGCGAGAGGCGGCUUGAGGGGGGCGCGGGCGAGGGGGGUCCCGAGCCCCGCCGUCGCCGCGGGCAGGGGGUGGCGGGCGAGGGGGCCGGCCAUGGCGGAGCCCAGCCCUGAAGAUCCGCCUCCAACCUUCAAACCGGAGACCCAGCCUCCUGAAAAGCGACGGAGAACAAUUGAGGAUUUCAACAAGUUCUGCAGUUUUGUUCUUGCUUAUGCUGGCUACAUCCCUUCUACUAAGGAGGAAAAUGACUGGACACCCUCUGGCUCGAACUCUCCCAUCCGCCCAGAGAGUGUGGUGGACAGCGACGGCUGGGAAUCGACUCACUCAGACCUGCACACCAUUGAGACCUUUGUGAAGAAGGCCAAGUCUUCGAAGAAGAAAGCGGCCUUCCGGCGGCUGAAAUCCGACAGCUCACUGCUGGAGAAGAUGAAACUCAAGGACUCGCUUUUUGACUUGGACCCUGUCGGGAAGCAGCAGCAGCAGCCUCCACUGGCAGGGCCCAAGGGGGGAGGCCUGGACAAGAAGAAGGACAAGAGGAACCGGAAGGCCACCUUGGAGGCAGGGGGCGCCAAGCGGAACCGGGGCGACCCGGUGGGGGAGAAGCGGUCGCGCAUCAAAAAAAGCAAGAAGCGGAAGUUGAAAAAAGCAGAGCGCCCCGAGAAGAAGCACAAGGCUUCCCUGAGCGAGACAGACUCUGAGGAGGAGGAGGCGGCGGCGGCUCUGAGGCCGGGAGGGGAGGACGAGAGGGCCACGGCAGCGGCAGCCGUGGUCUCUGUGCAGGCUCCCCCAGAGCUAAUGGCUGCCAGGCUCCCCCUUAAGCUUGAGGACACGGAAGGGAAGGAGGGCAUCAGCACAGAAACCAGCCAGGAUGGGGAAGGCAGCUCCAGCGAAGGCGAGAUGAGGGUCAUGGAUGAGGACAUCAUGGUGGAAUCAGGGGAUGACUCCUGGGACCUCAUAACGUGUUACUGCGAGAAGCCAUUUGCAGGGCGGCCCAUGAUCGAGUGCAACCAGUGCCGGACCUGGAUCCACCUCUCGUGCGCCAAGAUCAAGAAGACCAACGUCCCGGACAUCUUCUAUUGUCAGAAGUGUAAAGAAAGCUCCCGGAAGCCGCAGCAGCCCCUGCUGCCCGCAGCAGCCCCUGUUGCAACAGCCACUGUUGCGCCCAGGGGAGGUGGGGAGCCCUAGCAUGGACAGAGGGGGCAGCGCCAUGCUGGGCUUCCAUCCCAGAGGGACAAAAGACUGGACAGGGCCGUUGGGAGCCUGCUCUGCAUGGGCAUCUGAAAACUAGCUUUGGCCGCUUGGAGGCAGGCAGGAAAGAAGAGGUGCUUGGGGUAUUUGGGGUGGUGACAGUCCCAGCACCAAAGGGGGGAGGCUGGGGCGAGGCUCCAGUGCCACCCCCCCUGCAGAAAGCAGUUCCUGGCUGGCAGUGACAAGCCCCCACCUCACACCUGCUUCCUUUUCGGGGGGCUGGUCUUAGCCCCCCUCCAUGCUCUCUGUAGGAGAAUGACUUGGGGGGUGGGUGAAGGAGAGAAGUAUGAAACUGACCAUCUGGACGGUUCCUGUUUUGUAAGUUAGGAUGCACAAAGUGUUUUUUGGGGGGAAGAGAGGGCAGUAGAAGAGGGUUGGGGUAGAAGCGUCUUCAUUUCCUACUAGCUCUCCCCCGUCCCCUGCCCCAGUAAGUUUACCUGUAAAUAGGCAGCAGGGAAAGGUGUGGGCAUUUUUUGUCCCUACACCUCACCCCCAUGUUUUGGUUUAUUUUUUAAAUUUCCGGCCCAGUUUUCGGUGUCUUCAAAACUUCUAUUUCAUUUUUCCAGGGAGGGGUGAGGAGUGGGGUGUGUCGACUGAAGCAUCCUGAUUGCAGCUGCAGAGCCUGGAAUGGGAGGGUGGGAUUUGUUUUAUUAAAAAUUUUGUUUUGGAGGUGGGUUUGAAAUUGGAUUUCUUCAAAAGAUUAAUUCUGGACAAAGGAUGAGGGAGAGAACACUUCAGGAGACUGAAAACUGAAAGGUUUUAUUUGACCCAAAUAUUAACAAUCCUCUUCCUCCCCGCAGCAUUUCGAGAGGGUGAACUAGCCUGGAAAACCUUUGCGAUUUUGCUGUUACCAGAAUUAAAAAGGGACAGCUUAUUUGUGUGUGUGUUCUGACAGCUCCCAUUGAGAAUGGGGAGGAAGGAUUUUGUUUCUAACCAUUGGGGAGUGGGGGCCAGAUAGGCUUGAGGUGUAUGAAGAAUGCCAGCCUCACUUUAGAAUGGGAGAUGUGCCUGCCCAGAGUUCCUGCUCUUAGAACUCCAAGGUGGGGCUGUGAGUUCCACCACCUCCUGCUCCCCAUGUCGAGGUUUAGUAUUUUGAUCAGUGGUUGGGAGUUUCUGUUCGUUUGUUUUUUCUUUUGCUUUUCUUAAGGGUCCCUUUUCUCUCCCCUACUCCACCCCCCUACCCUUUUUGUUUUAAUAUUUGCAACCGUGUACAUGGCAGAGUUUUUGAAUGUAAAUAAAAGCUGUGGACCCUU